GUUGAAAGGGUCAUGCACAAGGUGCAGCUCAGACUCAGAGCAUUGGCAUUGGCAGUGUUGCAACGCUGACAACCCGCCCGCUCCGCCAGGACUUAGGAGGGAGAGAGCAGCGGUGGGAGGCGUGUUGGCUACGUGGUUGAGAGCCGCAGCACCGGCAUUCCGCACGCUGCUGCAAUUGGAGUGGUGGAGUUGAGGCGCUGUGCAAUUACGGUGCAUUCGCCUCCGCAGUAGGCUGUUAUUCUUUCCUACUUUUGCUGGAAUCACUUGGCAAGUGCGCACAGUCAAGGCGUUGCCGCCAUUCCACCAGAAGGACCAAGCUAGGAAGCAGCUAAUUAAAUGUAGCGUCCGCCAGUGGUGGCACACAUUCAAGCCUUUCAGCGGUGCUUAAGAAGGGCGCUCAUUGUUUGGUUGAAGAACCCCAGCAUUGCAUUUCGGGGAAUUGCCAGAGUCUAUUGCAGUCAAUCUGGCGCUGCUUACAGGUCUGCCGAUUUCCGAUACCAAUGGCUGACACUUGGUGGGUACAAUGAGGUGCAAUGUGGCACGGGCUUUUGAAUGGCCAAAGAAAGAAAUUCCCAGCCUGACAGGAUGCAGAACAGGCUGCCAUAGCAGCCAGCUGUUGUCGCCAUGUCGCAGUCCAGUUUCGGCGCGAGAACCGAUGUCCCAUCAAUCGGUGAAAUCGCAUCCACCAAGAUGCAGACUGUUCCCCUUACAAGGCAGAAGCAGGAGGUUUCCCUCCCCUGUGUGCCGCCAGGUUUACCUUUCCACGACACUAAAGAGACUCUUGGACACGCAGGGCUGUCAAGUAGGCUGUGUCACAGACGCCAGGUACGCUGGCACCGCUUUAGAAGGUUCGGCAAGAGUUUGUUCCACCCCUUCUCGCACAUUCAUUGGUAGCGCCUCGUCGUCUUUCCUUGUUAGUGGUAGUGCUCAGGAGCUGCGCUUCUGCCGACGCAAUAAUGCCGUCAACAGCGGGAGACCAGCAGGGGCGGGCAGAAAGGGGCAGAAGCGGAGAAGUGGCGUGCGAUGUCAGGAGGAUGAGGUUCCGUGGUGGCAGGAGCUCUUGGGAGAGCUGGGGGUGGGGAAAAGAAGAAAAGGUGCAAGCAGGCCGUGGGGCGAAGGGAGCGAUCGCAGAGAGGGCCGGAGGCGGGACGAGCCGCCAGAACGGCCGGAGGUACCUCGACGGGGGGUGAACACUCUAGACGAGCUAGCAGGCCGGCCACGCCCCCCUGAGCCAAACAGGAGGGCGGACACCUGGAAGCCCCUGGGGGGAGCUAGCCGGUUUCAGUACCCCCUGGAAGACAGCUUGGAAGAAAACGGGUACCCCGAGGAGAGCUGGUGGGACAUUUUUCGGGGGGGCCGGAAGAAAAAAGGGCGAAACGCAUGGGGGGGUGGGCGGAGAGGCCCCUGGUGGGAGCGCCGUAGGAGAAGGGGGUGGGGACUGGAGGGCUUGUUCCCUCCACUGGGGGGGUCCAAGCAGUCUGCGCCGACUGAGCGCCGUCCCCCCUGGGAUGGGGACCGCCGGCCGGAGCGUCCUCCGAGGAGGGACAACGGGGCCCCCCUGGAAGGUGAGCCGCUCGGCGAGGGGCCGAGCGAGCUCGACGAAACGCUGGACCGGUUGCUAAACUAUCCGAAACCCCCGGGGGAGUGGAUCGACUGGCUGGAUGAGAGCUACAGUAACAAGUAUUCGGAUUACGUGGGGGGAAGUGGGAACGGUUGGUAUGAGGAGGAAAACGAGUGGCUCAAGGGUGGGAACCCGCGGCUGCCGCCCGACAUCCCCGAGCGGGGGAUGAGCCGCACGAUCAAGGAGAUGGUGCUGCGCAUCUUUGAGCCGCGGUAUGAGGUGGAGGACGACCUGGCGUUUGAGGAGCGGGUAUUCCGGUUCACCACUCAGGAAACGGCCAAGUUCGUGGUGGCCCUCAUCUUCACAUUCGCCGUGUCGGACUGGAUCGUGCACGACUUCAUUCUCGUGCCCUUUAUGAGGAGGUACACGGAGGAGGUCCCGCUGGUGGCCAAGGCGUUCGACCUGCGCGAGAAGCAGAAGCUAGACAUCGUGCAGCGGCUCAAGCUGGAGCGGCAGCGCGUGCGCUUCGAGGCCGAGAUCGGCAAGGCGCCGCCGCUGUCCGAGAAGGAGAUGCGCGAGCACAUGCGCGAGGAGGCGCUGCACCUGCGUGAGGAGAUUCGUGCGGAGAACCGGUCGUCCUUCUCCAACAUCGUGUCCGACUUCGUGGCGUUCCUGGCGGGCCUCCUGGUACUCGUUCUCAACCCGCGGCGCGUCGCUCUGCUCAAGCUGACGGGGCAGCGCAUCUUCACCAACAUCAGCGACACGGGCAAGGCGUUCAUCAUCAUUCUGCUGACGGACAUCUUUUUGGGGUACCACUCGGAGCACGGGUGGGAGACGAUCGUGGAGCUGGUCUUGGAUCACUAUGGUCUCGAGGUGGAGCAGCACAGCAUCUACAUCUUCGUCUCGACUGUGCCCGUCACCAUCGACGCCGUCUUCAAGCUCUGGGUGUUCCGGUAUCUGAGCAAACUGUCCCCAUCUGCCGCGGCCACCUUCAAGACGAUGAAUCGGCACUGAGUCGGCUCGUCUUGGAGCUUAAGAGACAUUGCUACGCGACAUUGAAGUUUCGAUUAUGCGCGAGGAACACGUCAAUUGAAGUUCCGAUUGCAUGCUUGUCAUGAAGAAACCGUAGUCUUAAUCUAGGGUCAACGAAGAGCAACAGGAGGUAGAGCGGCUAGAGAGGAUCAGCUUAAGAGAAUCGUUCUGGUAGCGAAGUAGAACGAGCCUUUUUGCGAAGCAUGUCGACAAUCUAUUCCAAUCAAUGAUUGAUGAGCACACGGCCAC